AUGCAUUUCACAGCUGGGUUUGCUGCACUGGCCUUUGCUGGUACCGCCCUGGGCCAUGCGCAGAUCUUCGGUGUGUGGGUCAACGAUGUUGAUCAGGGGAACGGCCAAAAAGUUUACAUUCGAUCGCCACCGAACAACAGCCCCGUCAAAGACCUCGCCAGUCCUGAUCUUGUCUGUAAUGUCAACGGCGGUACUGAAGUUGGAAGCUUUGUCACAGCAGCUGCCGGUGAUAAGGUCAGCAUCGAGUGGUUUCAUGACAACCGUAACGACGACAUCAUCGAUGGUAGCCACAAAGGUCCCAUCAUAACCUACAUCGCUCCAUACACGGCAACAAAUGGCGCUUCGGCCAUCUGGACUAAGAUCGCAGAGGAUGGCUUCGACGGCACGCAAUGGGCUAUUGACAAGCUCAAGGCUAAUUCGGGCAAGAAUGAUAUUACAAUUCCCUCUUCGCUCAAAGCCGGCAAAUAUCUUCUCCGCCAGGAGAUCAUUGCCCUCCACGAGGCUGACGCCACAUUCGACGUGAACUCUGCCCGUGGUGCUCAAUUCUACCCUGGCUGCAUUCAGCUGGAGGUCACUGGCUCCGGUACCGCCGUCCCCAGCCAGAAUUUCGACUUCAACACUGGCUAUACCUACGCUGAUCCAGGCAUUCAUUUCAACCUCUACACGACCUUCACCAGUUACCCGAUUCCCGGGCCAGAGGUUGACACUCUCGAAGGGGGUUCAUCGGACCCAGCCCCGGCUGCUACCAGUUCCGUAGCAGCUGAAGCCUCAGCCUCCAGCUCUGCUGCUAUUGAGCCGACUGUUGCAGUUCCGACUACUGCCGCUCCCACUGUGGGCACCACACUCGUCACAGUUGUUCCGACUAGCUCGGCUGCUGCUCUUCCAGAGACCUCCGACGCGCCAGCACCAACUGCUGCUCCCACUACCACAACCGUUCCGAUCCGUUGCGGAGGCGUCCGCACCAUAACUCGCCGUGCACUGCACUAA